AUGUGCAUUAAUACAGUGAAUAUGUUGUCAGGAUUAUUAAUUGCUUUGUUGUUGUUCUUCGACUGUACUUUAGGUAAGAGGGUACCAUGUGCCUUCACAGACGAAAAAUGUUUAACAGAAAGUUGUGACCGAUCCUUUAAGAAGUUCAUAAAUGGCAAAAGUGGAGCCCAGUCUUCCGACCCCAUGCAUCUGGAUUCAAUGACAUUUGAUCUGCCUGAAAUUAAAUACGUUGUAAAAAACAAUUUCUUUGUGGGAAUGUCGAAUUGCCAUGUCGUGCUAACUCGAAUUUCACUGGAGGGCAGUACGUUCGUAUACAACAUUUCCUGUCCAAGUCUUACUAUGAAAAUGGAUUAUGAUAUGAAAGGUCAACUAGGUUCCAAAAACAUCGAUGAAAAAGGGAACUGUGAAGUCAAUUUUGAUGACUACCUUCUAAGAUUUGUGGGAGACUACAGCCAAUACAAUGGUGUGGAUAACAAGAUUCAUCUUCAAGCUAAAAGCUACAAAUUCACGCCCGACAAUAAAGCAAGAGUGCACUACGAAUGUAAAAAACAAUCAAGCGGUGAUAAGCUAAAAUCUAACAAAUGGCGUGAUACACAUCAACAAGCCGCUAAGAAUUUACUACAGAGUUUCAUGGCAAAAUAUAUGAGAAACGUUAAUCGUUUCUUGGAAAAGACUUCUAAUGAAGAUUUAUUCUACCAGGAAUUAUAA